UUUAUCUGGUUACACCUAAGAGUCCACAAGCAUGGCGUACGCAGUGGAAAAGCCACAUGUUGUUGUUGAAACUGAAAGAGACUCGGAGGAAAACAUUACUGUGAACGAAGACCAUGAAGAAGAUGGAUCAGACGAUGACGGGAGUGAAGGACCAGAGGAGGGUCAUGAUGGGGAAGAUGCAGAGGAUGAGGAAGAGCAAAACGGAGACAUGGAGGCGAACCCCAAUGCCGGGUGGGCAGAAGCCAUGGCGAAAAUCUUGGGAAAGAAAACACCAGAUAACAAGUCCUGUAUCUUGCUGAAGAACAAACAGUUUGAAAAGCUCAGCGAGAAAGCAAGGAAAGAAAAGCUUGAGAGAAAGAAACAGGCAGAUAAAAAACGAGCAUGGGAGAUGAUUUGUCGGGUAAAGCCGGAUGUAGUACAGGACAAAGAGAAGGAGAGGACUUUGCAGAGAACUGCUACCCGAGGCGUAGUGCAGCUGUUUAAUGCCGUGCGGACACACCAGAAGAAAAUGAAUGAGAAGAUGAGGGAAGUUGGAGGCUCUGAGAGGAAGAAGGCAAAGGUCCUCUCCUCUGUGUCAAAGAAAGACUUCAUUGAUGUGCUGCGUGGUACAGCAGGUCGCCACUCGCCUGCCGUUAAGACGGAGAAAUCCAUAUCUAUCGAGCCGAAAGAGGAGAAGCCAGCAUGGAGCGUCCUGAGGGAUGAUUUCAUGAUGGGGGCAUCCAUGAAGGACUGGGAUAAGGAUAGCGAUGCUGAACCAGAAGGGGAGGGGCCAGCGGACUCCACGGGGCACCUGAGCAGUGAUUCUGACUGAGCAUGCCAUGCAUCUGUGGGGGAACAACUCACAUGCCCAUCCAGCGUGCUGCAUAUGCGUGCUGUGUGUGUGUGUCGUGAUGGCCCUAUUGUCAAACAAGAGACUACAUUGGCCAGAGGGCUCUGGGGCUCUGGGUUCAGCCCACGUACCUGAGGCUACAUUGGGCUGGAUUAUGAUGUGCUCUCCCUGGACACUGUGACUCUGACCUGUGUUACCCCUUUUCACCUUUUCCAACUCAAGUCCAUAAUACUGGACAUAAACAUCAGUGUGUUUAAGCACUGUAUGGUAGUAAUUUUUUUUCCCCAUUCUAUUUUUUUUUUUACACCCCCAUUCCAGAAUGAUUUAAUCCUUAUGGUCAGUGUCUUAAAUGUUUUAUCAUAUCAGUGGCUCAGGGAUCAACUAUGGCAUCCGUAGAACUACGUUAACAGGUAAACGACUCUCAAUUAGGCUACUUUAUUGGGUACAUCCCACAUGUGGCCCUGACCUGUACUAACAUUGUCAUUCACAUAGUUUGGCAUCAGUGCUAGUACUCAGGUGGCAUUAAACCAGCCAUAACGUAUUUAAUAUUUGUGGGGUUUUUUAUUCUGCUGUGGUCAUUUUGAAGAAUAUUCUGACCUCUAAAAUGUUUAGAUGUUGUAUAGAAACAGCCAUUUAGUGGCCAGUAUUUGUUAAUACCAUUUAAAUCACAACUACUCAUAAUUGUAGGCUUGGAGGUUUGACCACUGCUGAUUUUCCACCUUUAAGAGGAGUAAGGUGUGCUGAUAGAAUGCAUGAAGUUGCAUUAAAUGUUGUUUCCCGCUGAUUAGAAAGACCAGCAUGGCAUCUGAAGUCCAGAUUUGAAUAUCUCUGUGUUAAAGAACAGAGUCCAGAGAUAACUAAUGCAAGGAUUGUGUCUGAGAAGUUUCUACAUGUGCUGUUUAGACAGAGAAUACUGAUUUGACUCAGAAGUAUAAUUUUCUUCUCUCGUUGUAUGAUGUUACAUUAAAGUUAGAUGUGCGUGUGGUUUA